AUGUUGUUGUUAUUGUUGUCUGUCUUCGACAUUCACGCCAAAGACCACGCGUCCAUUCAAAUCAAUUUGGCAGAAGUGGAUGAGUCGACCGGAAGAGUCACUUCCAACCACACGGCUUAUGCCAUCUGUGGUGCCCUCCGAAGAAUGGGCGAAUCCGAUGACUGUAUCAAUAGAUUGGCGAAGAAGGACAGCAUUUUACCCAAGAACUUCUGAUCAAUAAAAUGUUGUCUUUAUUUGUCAUUCAUUAUGAAAUAAAAUUAAUACAAAAUGUUUAAUUAAA